AUUUCUAUCAGUUUCCAGCUUUUUUUUGUAUGGGUUUGAAUAAUUGGCUCCUAAAUUCUCAGGACAUCACAAUCAGAGAGGCGUUCACGCGCCUUGCUGCGAGCGCGUGGAUCGUCGGAACGCCAAUUCAACGCUCAUCCGCGCGACCUGAGGCGAGGAGUGAUGAACAACAGGACAUUUCAAAAAAUUAAAACAAAAACAUGUCAGCAACACCCCGAGUGAGAUAUUUGCAGUUCUACAGAGACGGGCUGAUUAUCUGGAAAGGGAUUCCAAGGAUGUUAUUCCAGGAAUAAUGUGCUCUGGAGAGACGGUGUCUUGAUUACUUAAAGAAACAGCUGAAGCAGUUGAACAGAGUAUUUAUCUACUGGACAAGAAGCCAGAGUUGGAAGAGGAUGUCUGGGGUAGAUAAAAACCUAAACUCAGAGAAAAGUUUCAGAGUGGUCGUCCGUCUGUGUGCCCGUGAGAACAUACACUCACACACAGUGAACAACAGACCAGAACAUUCUACCUCUUUAGAUGAACCCAGAGCCUCCAUCAAAGUGACACAUCUCAACAGAGUAGUUGUUGACACUGGAAGGAGUCACAAGUCUCAUAUUAUAGAUCUUGAUGCAGUUUUAAAUGAGGAGGCAUCUCAGAGAGAUGUUUAUGAGUCAACAACAAAGUGUCUGGUGGAGUAUCUAAUGCAGGGUUAUAAUGGCUGUGUAAUUGUCUAUGGCUCUCCAGGCAGUGGUAAGACUCAUACCAUGCAGGGAUGCAGCGUUUUAGCCAAACACAGAGGCAUCAUCAGCCGCGCUGCUGAGGACAUCUUCACUUCCCCCAAGGCAUCUCACUGCAAAAUCAGAGUGUCAUUCUACCACAUCUUCAAUGAGAAGAUAUAUGACCUAUUGGAUCCGAAGGGGAGUGAGGUGAUCUGGGUGCGCGACUGUGAGGAGGUGGUGCAUCUCGAUGGGUUGACGGAGGUGGAAGUGAGCUCCGCCCAGGAUCUGCUGCAGGUGCAUCGCCGUGGCUCCGCCCUCAGACACACAGGGAUCUCAAAGGGAGAUUUUCCAAGCCGAUCCCACACGGUAUUUAACAUUGUGGUCAUUAACACAACGGUCCAGUCCCCUGAGGGAGUUUUGACAGCCAGCAAACUCACUCUGGUGGAUCUGGCAAGCUCAGGAAAAUGCCGUAGUUCUGUGGUUCCUGACAUGAAGAGAACUUUCAAUACCACAAAUGAAAACCCACAAGAUACCAAGAUGCUGAAACGCUCCCUCACCAUAUUCGGAAAUGUGAUUUUUGCCCUCAGCUCUGCGGGGUCCCAGCACGUCCCAUACAGAGAAUCCAAACUAACCCGAGCACUUAGGGAUUGUUUGGGAGGGAACUGCCGGACAUGUUUAGUGGUCACGGUGUCAUCUCAUUCAUCUUCAAUAACCGAAACUCUAAGCUCUCUUCAGUUUGCCUCCAGAGCCAUGGCUGUUCCUUCUCGACCCAUAUACACAUCUCAGUUACAUUACACACCUGAACAGCCAUGUGCAUAUCUGAGCGGGAAGAAGGACAUUAAUCAUCUCAACAGACAGCAGAUUUUACCGCCAGUUGGAUCUGACAGAAGGACAUGCUUGCUUCCCAUCCUCUUGAGUUCAGUCAGUUCCUCUGAAUCUAAACUCAGCUCAAGUCACUGUGGAGAUGGGCUGGAGCUCAGAACUUUUCUGCCCCUGCUAGAAAAACCAGGCCAAACUGAACCAUCUGGACAUUACCACCGUGGAUCUCGACCUGGAGAUGAGAAGAACAGAGCUGAUGGUAGGAUGACCCGUUCCCUGUCCCGUUCCCUCUCUCGGGCAAUACUCCAUGAUGCUGGGGGGAGAGAAAGAACUGGAAAGGGAUUGGAGUUUUCAUCUGCACAGCGCGGCUCUGUUGAGCGGCUCUCCGCAUCCUCUCUUGAACCUUUUUCAGCUACCUCAGCAGCUGUGGAGUGUCCUAACUGUUCCCGGGAACGAAAUAUCCGAGAGGAAUAUGACAAAAUCAUUGUUCAGGCUAAGAGAGACAAAGAUUUUCUAAGUCAGAAAGUAGCAGAACUUGAGAAUGAGUUGAAGAUGAGAGCAACAAAGGAGAGAGAAGAAAGGACAAGCUGGGAAAAGAAAAGAGAAAAUGAAGAAUCUACCAGCAGCACAUCUGCAGCUCCUGGAAUAUUACAGACUGCAGAGGUGUGUUUGCAAACAGAAGCAGAGCAUCUGAGAGCAGAGCUGAGCGCAUGUCAUGAGAGAGAGAGGAUGCUGACAAACACGCUCCACUCUGAGAGAGAGAGACUGGCCCAGGACGCCCAGGAUCUGCUCACACAGCUUAACAGCACCAAAGAGAGAAACAGUCAGCUUGUGUCAGCCCUUAACAACCAGAAGGAGAGCUUGUUGGCAGAACUACAGACUAGUAGAGAGGACCUUGAAAGAUUUCGAGAGAGUGUGUCUCUUACCCUCAGCCAGCUCAAGACUGAAAAGACUGAACUGAUGUCACACUUAGAGGACACAAAAAGUUCCUAUGAAAAGGUGUGCUUGGAAAAUGCUGGUUUGAGACAGAAACUAAAGUCAUUUUUGAGGGAGAUCAACUCAGCACCCUUUACAGGAUCCAGCAGUCCAGAUGCAAACACUUCACACACACACACAGUCACAACAAAUACCGAGAUGAUUGUUGUAUCACACCAUGUGUCUCAGCAAUGUCCUGCAGGUGUCACGAAAGGAAGCGAAUGCUGCUUCAGUCAAUGUGAAGGGUUUCAGCAACCUGAGGAGGGGUUUACAGAAAAAUCUGAAACCACAAACACCAACUGUGAACAGCCCCUGUAUAAACCCCAAAAUCUCUACAAGCAGCUUGGGUUCUGUGUGGUUUCUGCAGGAGGAGGGAGCACAGUCUGUUACUGGAUGUGAUGCUGGUUCUGUACAGGAGAGAGUGGUUUCUGCAGGAUGCCAUACCAUACGUCAGACGUACACUCAGGAAGUGUGGACUGAGGCCUGAGGAUAUAGACUAAAGACUGUGUACUUGUGUGUGAAUGAAUGAGAGAGGUGAAAGUUGUCCUGUAGGCAUCACAGGUAAAGUCAUAGUUAGCAUAAAAGUGAAUAUUAUGUCAUUAUCCUUCUGCAUACAGCAUUAUUACUCAUUAAUGAAUGAGUAAAAAAUAGUGCGAAAACGCUGUAAAAUCAUCAUAAAAGUUGUAUCAAAGACUCUAGAUACAGAAAGACGGUUUACUCCUUUUAGUUAUGAAUAGGAGAAACUGCACUGCGCAAUAUGGCGGAAUACGUCCCGCCUGCUAAGUAAAAGAGCCAAUCGCUGUUUGAUAAAGUCAUUGCGUCACUGUAGCUGCCUUUAGAAGCUCUGGUUCCCAUAGAAACCUGAGACUCGCGCUUAGGAUUGCACAUGCGCAUUGGCUCUUCUAGCAUGAAAAAUAAGCUAUGUGAGCAUAAGAAACAACAUAUAUGGGCCAGUUCAUGUCAGAUUUUGUUGCUGAUUUAAAAUAUUUUAUUUAAUUGUGAGUUCGCCUAGCAUUUUUUGAGAUUUCAGGAUUUCUUGGUAUUGGAUGCCCGAAAUAGCUGCCUGGAGGCGUUGCAAAUAUGGCCACCGAGUGAACAGACUUUCCUUGAAAGGGACUUUGGUUGUAUUCUGACGUCAUACAAUAGCUUUGUGAGUAAUGGACCAAUAUUUAAGUUGCCAUUCACUGAAAAUAUUGGAAUCCUCCCAUGGGAGAUCAUGAGAGUUCAUAAGCCAAGCAGCAAUGUCCGAAUUACAAGUGAAUUGUUCUUUUAACUCAUUUAUCACAGCACCACAAAGCUAUUGUUUGACUUCAGAAGACUUAGAAUAUAGUGCAUGAACCAUAUGGACUACUUUUAUGAUACUUGAAUUAUGCUUUUACAUUUUUUCUUCAGUCCCUAUUGCAAGUUUAUGCUAAAGAAUGACCAGCAUGUUCAUGUUCUGCAGAAGAAAGUCACACAGGUUAGAAACAACAUCACAGUGAGUAAAUUAUGACUGAAAAUUGGAAAAUUUUGAGGGUGAACUAUUCUUUAAAGUGCGCUCACUUUAAAACUGACAUGGGAAUAUAUUUAACUUAACUAAGGGCAGAGUAAAGAAAAAGAUGUUCCUUUUGAGCUAACAAAUGAAUGAAUUUGGCACCCAACAUCAUCAUGUUUGUGUCAUAUCAUUUCAGUUAUGUAAUGCAGUAAUUUAAUGUGGAGUCCAUUUAAAAUCCAGCUGAAAAUGUGUUCACCAACUCUGUUACACAAAAGACAUAUAAUAGAGACUAUUAAAUGAUGGGUUUGUGAGUUUA